GGGCAGGAGCAGGCGCGGCGGCGGCGGCCGCCAUUGCGCGCGGGGGCCGCGGGACUAUGAAGGAUGGAAGCGGACGAGGUGACGAUCCGCGAGCAGAACUUCCACAGCCAAGUGCGGGAGUACACGAUCUGUUUUCUCCUGUUUGCUGUUCUUUACAUAGUUUCCUACUUCAUAAUCACAAGAUACAAAAGGAAAGCAGAUGAGCAAGAGGAUGAAGAUGCCAUUGUUAACAGAAUAUCGCUGUUCUUGAGCACCUUCACUCUAGCAGUUUCAGCUGGUGCAGUCCUGCUUCUACCUUUCUCAAUAAUCAGCAAUGAGAUCCUGCUUUCUUUUCCACAAAACUACUAUAUUCAGUGGUUAAAUGGCUCACUAAUUCAUGGUUUAUGGAAUCUUGCUUCUCUUUUUUCGAAUUUAUGUUUGUUUGUGUUGAUGCCCUUUGCCUUUUUCUUCCUGGAAUCGGAAGGAUUUGCUGGCUUAAAAAAGGGCAUCAGAGCACGCAUUUUGGAAACCCUUGUCAUGCUUAUUCUUCUUGCACUGCUUAUCCUUGGAAUUGUAUGGGUGGCUUCAGCACUCAUAGACAAUGAUGCUGCCAGUAUGGAGUCUUUAUAUGACCUCUGGGAAUUCUACCUCCCAUAUUUAUAUUCCUGUAUAUCACUGAUGGGAUGCUUGUUACUUCUGUUAUGCACACCAGUGGGACUUUCACGGAUGUUUACAGUAAUGGGUCAGUUGCUCGUGAAGCCAACAAUCCUUGAAGACCUAGAUGAGCAGAUGUAUAUCAUCACUUUAGAGGAAGAAGCAAUUCAGAGGAGGCUUAAUGGUAUAUCUUCCACAGUGGAAUACCAGACAGUAGAGUUGGAACGAGAGCUUGAAAAAGUAAAAAGCAAGAAAACGAAUCUAGAACGGCGGAAAAAAGCUUCUGCUUGGGAAAGGAAUUUAGUCUAUCCAGCUGUUAUGAUAUUGCUGUUAAUUGAGACGUCCAUCUCAGUCCUCUUAGUUGCUCUCAACAUCCUUUACCUGUUGGUUGAUGAGACUGCAAUGCCAAAGGGAUCAGGGGGGCCUGGAAUAGGAAAUGCCUCCCUGUCCACCUUUGGUUUUGUGGGAGCAGCACUUGAGAUCAUUUUGAUUUUCUAUCUUAUGGUAUCCUCUGUCGUCGGCUUCUACAGUCUUCGUUUUUUUGAAAAUUUCACUCCCAGGAAGGAUGACACAACUAUGACAAAGAUCAUUGGAAACUGUGUCUCAAUCUUGGUGCUGAGCUCUGCUUUGCCAGUGAUGUCAAGGACACUGGGAAUCACCAGAUUUGAUCUGCUUGGAGACUUUGGAAGGUUUAACUGGCUGGGGAACUUCUAUAUUGUAUUAUCUUACAACUUGCUCUUUGCUAUCAUGACAACAUUAUGUCUGGUCAGAAAGUUCACUUCUGCUGUGCGAGAAGAGCUCCUGAAGGCAUUAGGAUUAGAUAAACUUCAUCUGUCAAACAAUCCUAGAGACUCGGAGACCAAGCCGUCUGCAAAUGGGCAUCAGAAAACACUGUGAUUAACAAUCACCUGCAAUCGACAGAGCUGAAAACAUCAACCUCAUGGCAUUCCUGUCAUCUCAUCAGCAUUUUUAUAUUGAUUUUCUUUGUUGAUAAUUUGGGUCCAACCUUGUCUCAUUUUUUGAUGCUGUGUGCUUCUGAGGAAGUUAGGUAUAUCAGAUUCUUCUCUUUCCAGUGAACUUUUGGUCUGCUUGUUUAUUUCCCAGUAAGUUAAUGCAGGAGGUGCCUUGAAGACUGGAAGCUGAAGAGAAUAAUGCAUUCCUUUUUAUUUGUUGAUGGUCUCACAUCUUUAGAUAUAAACCUGCUACCAUUUGAAUGCACAGUACCUCCUGUGUUAAACAGACACAGCUAUAAAGAAUAACUUUGGGAUUUGGUUAAAAAGAAAAAAAAGAAGAAAAAAAGAUACACUUGAAGCCCAAUAUGACCCUUACUGGCAAUGUAAACUACCUGGAGUAGGUAUUCUUGACAGUAGACAAACAGUUCCACUAAGAACAUGUUAAAAAUGAUGGUAACUGGUAGAGAUCACAGUUCCUUUCACGCCGGAUACAGCAGGCUGCUCAUAGCCUAAUGUCACGAAGCUUUCUUGGAAGGCCAGCGUUUUCAGCUUUUUGUUCUUAGCUAUAAAUGUCAGGUUGCUUUACUGGUAGUCAGACAAUGUCUUACUGAAUAGAGUGAAGUACAAGAUGAAGAUUAACUUCAGUGUUAAAUCUGAGCCUAGUAUGCUUUGUAAAAAGCUGUGUAGACCCCCUGUCACAGCUCUUACAGUUCUGUAAGCUGUUGUGCCAUGGAGGUCACUUACCCUACCAAGUACAUCCCUGUAAAAUUCUUUAUGAACUACUGUGUAUAAGCAGUACUUGUAAUCAAUGCAAGUAGCACAGGCCUAGGAGGCUGCAAUUGCAGUUUUUUACAAUCUUCUUUAAUUUGAAGUAAAUUAUUUCUCUGAAUUUAUACGAUAGUUACCAGGAUUUCUGUUCAGUGGCAUAACUCAGUAUCUUUCACUAGCCUGUUUUUUAAUGUAUACAUGAAGAUGUAUAUAGGCCUAUAUGUGUAGAUAUCGUAAAUUAAAUUCUAAGCUUAUAGAGGUGACAUAGGUGGCUUGGUAAGUGAAACUUGUGUGUUCAAUCUUGGUAGUAUGAAUUUCUGCAGUGUUACAGUUAACUGCUCAGAGGCCUUAGAUUCAGAAUGGCAUUGGUGGGUGGUAAUGUCCUUUUUCUUAGCAUUACUGCAGCCUUAGGAAUCCUUUAAGCAGUUUAUAGUAAAGAAAAAACCCAUGAACCAAACCCCAAGUAAGUAUGCAAAAUCUGUUGCACUUUUGUCCUGCUCUGCCACAAGUAAUCUUCAGAUUGGAACAGGGACAACUUCAGUGUGUGCCCGUUAUGUAGCGAGUCAGAUAACGUUCCUGUUUGUUUCCCAUUUUGUAAAACAAGUAUGUCUGUCUGUAGUUUGAGGUCUCAUGCGAUCAGGCAGUGACAACUAGCUCUCCGGUGUGGUUCUGAAACAAGAUACACCUUGUGUCAGGAACAGUUUGGCUGUUCUCCUGAGAUGACUGCUCUGGGCUGUAGACCUUAGUGCUGUGUGUGUGUGUGUGAAUGUGAGUUGUUUUGGUGUGUC